GGCUUGCCCGAUAUAUAAGCAAGGUGCAGCUGCCGGUCAUUUGGGGAAAUUUGUACUUUCCUUCACGGCGGGUGGUGUGCAGAGCUCGAGACUUGGUUUGUCCAACCAGCACGCCAAGAAACAUUUUCUUCAGGUUACCUCGUGCUUCAGCUCAGCCACCUCCUAAAAACACCAAGCAGCUCUGUCUGAAUAACCCCACCCGCCAGCUCUACACUACAACCAAGCCAACCCUAAAGCCUUCAAAAUGAUGCAAAUCAGCAGCGACUCCGCCAGCAACAAGCACUCCCUCAUCAACGUCAUGCAUCGCUUCAUAGCAGCUGCCAACAACAUGGACGAGACCAUCAUGGUGCCGAGCCUGCUGCGAGAUGUGCCUCUGGAGGAGCAGGCAGCCAGCGAGGUGGAGGCCAACAACAAUCAUGAACCGCCGUGUCCCAACAAGCAGAGGGACAUGUACGAGCACUACCUGCUCCUCAAGUCUAUAAAGAACGACAUGGAGUGGGGUCUGCUGAAAAGAGAGAUGAGUAGCGGCGCCAGCUUCUUGGAGAUGGCGGUGAAGCAGGAGGAGCAGCAGCCAGUCACCGGGGACCUGUCCCUGGAGGACAACUCAGACCUGGAGCAUCAGUUUCACUAUCACCUCAGGGGACUGUUCGGAGUUCUGUCCAAACUUACGCUGCAAGCCGAUCACCUCACAAACCGGUAUAAGAGAGAAAUCGGAGGCGGAAACUUCAUGAGAUAGAAGUCACUAUGUCUCCACCCCCACCUUGGACUGCUUGACCUGCACAAUGGAAUUUGUUGAGAAGGGCCCCACCUCUUCCUAAUAGAUCUCAAUGGACAGCGAACUGACCAGGGUAACCACUUUAUGACUUCUCUCACUUCUGAGUAGCGACACUCCAACUUCCCUCUUCUUCCCCACCGAACAUACCUGAAACCAGUGACGCCUGCACGUCUCUCUCUGCCUGUUUCAGUGCAGAGGUUGACACUUGGUGGAGGUUUUAUUGAAUCUGUACCCCAAGUCCAGAUGAUGCACAGCUGUGGUUUAUGCAGAUACUUGCUCUACCCUUUUUUUUUUUUUUUAAAUCUUCAUUUCAAGUUUUGAAUUGAAUUUGUCACCAGAUUGUGAAUAAAAGGUUUCUGACUGUAGGAGAAAUUGAAUGCUGGUUAUUCUGUCCCUCCUGUAAAAUAUGUGAUUUUAAUGCAGAGCUGAGAGCUCUUAUUUCACAGGUUUUGAAUCUUCCCAGUUGGUAUUACUGUAACAUGGUGUGCCUUGACUUUUUGUAUACCCUCAUGCCCUGUUCAGUCCCCCACCCACCCCUUUUGUCUGACUGCUUAAAUGGUUCAAAGUGUUGUGUAUUGUUUGUCCUUGGCUAUUUCAAACCAAUUUUAUAUUGAAGCAGCAAUACAGUAAAACUGAAAUAAAUACUUAAAACUUGA